AUGCUGUUUGUGGAUGGUUCAUCCAGCGCACAUGGUUGCAGUACGGGACUGAUACUAACAAGCCCUGGUGGAUUCUUAGUACAAUAUGCGCUAAGGGUUGAAUUCCAAACAACCAACAAUGGGGCGGAGUAUGAAGCCCUAAUUGUCGGACUGAAAUUAGCACAAAGUUUGAUGGUGAGGAAUAUUACCGUACACAGCGACUCGCAGCUGAUAGUCAAUCAGGUCAAAGGAGAAUAUGAGGCAAAGGAACCUCGCAUGACACAGUACCUAGGCAAAGUGCAUGACCUAAUUACCACAUUCAGCCACUUCGAGAUACUCCUAGUACCCCGAGCACACAAUACAUCAGCAGAUGCCCUUUCAAGACUGGCCACAUCAGAUUUCCAAGACCUGGGCAAAACUGUCUACAUAGAUGUCCUUUCCACUCUGAGCAUAGAAAGAUCAGAAGAGAUAUUACCAAUCGAGAUGGAACCCUGUUGGAUGGAUCCUCUAAUGAAUUAUCUCCAAAAGGGCACAUUACCAGACGACAGGGAGGAAGCAAGGAAAAUAAGAAUAAGGGCAGCUCGGUAUACAAUAAUAGGAGGAAUCCUCUAUAAGAAGGCCUUUGCUAUGCCUUACCUGGAAUGUCUCCGACCAACUGAGGCAGAAUAUGUUUUACGGGAAGUACAUGAGGGCAUUUGUGGAAAACACUUCGGGGGCAUGGCGCUCGCUCACAAAGUCAUCAAACAAGGAUAUUUUUUGCCUUACCUCUGCAAAGAAGCAAUGAGUUUUGUCUGCAAAUGCCUAAAGUGUCAAAAGUUUGCACCUAUCACAUGCCAACCUGCAACAGAACUCACCUCAAUUUCAAGUCUAUUACCUUUUGUACAAUGGGGCAUGGAUAUAUUGGGACCUUUUCCCAAAGCAUCUGGGGGUAGACAAUUUGUAGUCAUGGCUGUCGACUAUUUUACCAAGUGGAUAGAGGCAGAAGCUUUGGCAAUGAUCUCUGCGGCAAAGGUAUGGAAAUUUUUCCUACACUUCGUAAUUUACAGAUAUGGAAUACCGAGAACCCUCAUCACUGACAAUGGAAAACAGUUGGAAUAA